AUGCCGGGUUUUGCUGCUGGCUCUAUUUCCUCAAUUAGCCACACUGUUGAGACUCCAACUGCCAGAUGGCUAGAGCUCCUCAUAGGGGACGCGGUCCUUGAUAAUGGAACCCUACCUGAGAUCGACCUCGAGUACAGUGCUCUCAGUAUGUUUGGUAAUUCCCUCGUCCAAACCCCGGCAUCUACAGCAGCCGAGGACCAGCGGACGCCUCUAUUCCGGACCGAAGUCGACUCAAGCUCAGUCACGUCUAGAACAUUGCAUGUAUCUCUGCAAGAGCGCUUGCCACAAUUAGGGAGCGACCAAGUUUCAGAGAAGCAAGCUUGGUAUUCAAUAGAGGCAAUCAAGCUAUCGCCGCAAGAAUGCAGACUAUUUCAUCACUUCGUGCAGCACGUCAGUCAAUGGAUCGAUCUCUUCGAGCCCAAAAAGCCAUUCGGGACCUUUGUGCCGCAUCUUGCCCCAGAGUUCAGUCUCCCUGAUGCGAAUGAUGCAGUCAGAUAUUACUAUAAAACUCUGCAUUACAGUCAGGAAGCAAUGCGAUAUGACACUUACAAGGUCAGUCUUGAGCUCCUAGCCAUAUCUAUCAUUAUUUCCACGUACGAGAUGCUUGAUGGAUCAAACACCGAUUGGGAGAGACACCUGAAGGGUGUCUUUUGGAUUCAACGGUCGCAAGUCAUUCAUGGUGACUCUGGGGGCCUAAGACAGGGAGUUUGGUGGGCAUGGCUUUGUCAGGAUAUAUGGGCCGCAUUCCGAGAGGAACGAAAACCAUUCACUUUUUGGUGGCCGACAAGGUCGUUCGAUGACUUGGAUCCUUGUGAGCUUGCCGCUAGAUCGGUCUAUCUCUUCGCCCAGGUAGUGAGCUUCUGCUCUAGAGAGGAGAGAGAAGAGGGUCAUAAUGAUUUUGCUACUCGGGUAUCGAAGGCCGAUGUUUUGGUGGAGAAAUGGAACGAUUGGAGAAAACACUUGACGGUUGAAUUUGAGGCACUGCCCGUUUCCACGGAUUCUAAAGACGUGUUUCCGCCUAUAUGGGUCCACCCACCUGCAUUUGGCGUGGCGUUACAACUUUACUACUGCGCUCUCAUCUUGAUAUCUCUUCAUCGUCCACGGGCCGGUGGAAUUGAUGUGUACCUCGAACAAAAAGGAAUGCUGAAGCAAGGAGUUAUGAUGGUGUGUGGGAUUGCAUCAACCUUGACGGAUUUUGCGUCCGGAGUCAUGUCCUCGCAAUGUGUCUUUAUUGGUAAGUCUAUCUCCUAA